AAUUCAGCUCUCUUCCUAGCAUUCAUCAUCUCAACUGCUCAAACGACCUUCCUAAAAGAGAAAGAUUAGCAAGAAAGUUUUCUAAAAGUAUCCUUUAUCUUUAACUUCUCCAAUUUACAUUCGCAUUUUUUGAAAUUUUGUUUCAAAAUUCAUGAACCCUGCAAUUUUUUCUUUGAAUUUCAUAAGUUUUUGCAUAUCUUGUAAUAAGAACAUCAUAAGAAAUAUAUAAGAAAACUUUAUAAUGAAUCCGAUAUAUCCAGUGAAGGAAGAGUAUCCGGGAGGAGGAUCAUCAAGUUCAACUGCAUGGCAAUCAAGAAAUCAGUCAGAUGGAGUGGCGCCCCCGCCUCCGCCUCCGCCACCGCCACCACCGCAGCCAAUGGAAGGGCUGCACGAUAUGGGCCCUCCACCAUUUUUGACCAAAACCUUUGAAAUGGUGGAGGAUUCGACCAUUGAUAAUAUUGUUUCUUGGAACAGAGGGGGGCAUAGUUUUGUUGUGUGGGAUCCCCAUUCUUUCUCCACCAGUGUUCUUCCAAGAUACUUUAAGCAUAAUAAUUUCUCGAGCUUUGUAAGGCAGCUGAAUACUUAUGUAAGUACAUAUUUUUGUUCAUAUAAGUAGAAUUUUUCCUCCUUUUUUCAAUUUUUGUUACAGAUUUUUCGAAGCUGAAAAAGUUCAAGCCCCAUACUCAUUUUUAGCUAAUGCAGUAGUUAUUUCAGUUUAGAAACAAAAAAAUUACUUUUAUCUAAAGCGUGAAAUGAGUUCGUGAAUUAGUAGAAUUUUUCAUUUGCUUUGAUGGGGCAAGUAAGGAAGUGUUUCUUAAUAGAUAUUAGUACUAAUUUUUCAAACA